GCUUCUCGAAGUUGAAUGUUGAAUCUGGACAGUGGAUAACCAAAAUUUCCUGUCAAAUCGUUUUUAAAUUACUAUAAAAUUGAAACGUAUUUUGUUUACGGAUGCAUUUAAAAUGAUAAGAAUGUUUAGGUGAAAGUAUGAAGUGCAAACUCUAAUGCAAAUUGUAAUUGGUGGUUCAUGUGCGCAAUGAUUUACACAAUUCGUUAUUGAUAACAUCAUGUAGAAAGUAAACUGGAAUAAUUCACAUCGACAUCAAAUUUCCUAAGAUGGAUUCUAACCCAAAGCAAAACAAAGCAAAUAAUUGCCAUCCCUUGGUGAUGAACCAGCCGCUUUUUGAGAAGUUGGAAGCAUUCAGUGCAUCCACUUUUCAAUUUUUCCAAACUCGGGACUCGUUUCUGCUUUUCAUGAGAGAUUUAUAAUAGGUCUUUAUAAUGAGUGCCAGGCGAAGAAGUCCCAAUAGAGUAACACUUGGGAUGGUGACCAAAGGAAAAUCAGCCUCAUCAUCGAUCUCAAGUAUAGCAAUCAGAUUUCAUGCUGAUGAUGAGGAGAUCGAAGAAGUCGUCCAAUCAGAGCCUGCUACUACAGCUGACAAACAGACUCAACCAGAAAUCGUUGAAGAGGAAAGCAGUUCUGUGUCGUCAUCGCAACUAUCAACACCCACAUCAACGGGUGGAGACUCGCAGGGCUACCUGACUCGCCUGAGCAAGCGAUCCGCAAGCCUCGAGUCGGCCUCUCCAUCGGACAACAGCUCAGGGGACGCCUGGCGGCUAUUCAAAGACUUCCGAGGACGUAUAACGAAAACUGUCGAAGAAAAACUGGAAGAAAUCAAAAGUGAUCGACUGAAGAAUAAACAACGUCAACAUCCUAAACUGGGUUCGAGACUGGAGAACUCGAGUAUCAGUGAUUCUGAAGAUCAGUCUGAAGGAUCGACAUCAGUCAAGUCGGAAACACCGUCUGUGGAUGGCGAGGGCAAGGAGAAGGAUGCCAAAGAAAGUGUGGAAGUGAAGAAUGUCGAUAGAUUGAGUGAUAAUGUGAGUGUGAGUAGUGAUAAGAAAGUGGCAUCAACUGGUUCGAGUAGUGAGAAGGAUGAAGAUCGAGCAACAAAGAAAGGGGGCGAUGAUAAGGAGAAAGCGAAGGAUGAGAAGUUCGACGAGAUUUGUGGGUUGUUUAAGAAGAAAAAAGAGGUGAAGGUAGCGGUGGAGACUAGUGGUGGCAAGAAGAAGUGUGAUGAAGAGGAAGAGAAGAAGGAAGAGGAUGAGACGAUGACGCCGACAGGACUGAAUUUGAAGAAAGAUAAGAAAAGAACGACGAAAUUUUUUAGUGACCGAUUUAGUCGUACGACUGAGAAGAAAAGUGCGGAGGUUUCGAUGACGUUUUCCUCGUUGAAAAAUGAGGACAGCGAAGAGGAUGAGAUUCUGUCGGUUGAGUUUGGAACUGAGGCUGAUGAAGCGCUUGGUGUCGUGUCAACUGCCAAACGACCUUCCCUCAUUUCAGUGAUCAGUUCAGAAAUGGCACGUCCUCUAGGAACAGCUGUUACUUUGUCAGCAAUGUCUCGCCUGAAGCAGCUGUUAUGGAAUUGGAAAGUGCCGAUCUUCGUUCUCGCCCUAGCUUGUGCGCACAAAUUGAUAGAUACUGGCUACUUUUUUGGGUUUCUUGUUGGAGUUGUAACGACUGUAAUACUGUACCGCACCUUGGACCGAAUCGAGAUUCUGCUGGGCUUUAAAGACAGUGCGCUGAACAACACCUUCGACUCGAAAUCCCUGUCGGGUGCGAAUUUGUUCCCAAUUUUCUCUCACUGUGACCACCUGCCCGGUGAGGAUCCCGAGAAAUGCGUACAUGAGGGCUGGAUCAAUGAGUUUCCCCAGGAGUACUCCCCGGACACCUAUCACAUCUCGCUGACUGAAACCGUUCACAUCCGUUUGGAAGGAUCCACGUUGAGAAUCUCGAGUCCUAGCACUAAAAUACCGAAGCGCGCAUAUUGGAACGAACCAGAGCACAAGAAACUGUUCAAUAGACAGCGGUUGUAUGAUAUCGCCGGUUGUAAGGUGCAGCUGUUGCCUGUUGGUCUCAUUCAUAAAAGAAUCUGGAGUAAGAAGUAUCCUAUCUGCAUAACGCUGUUGAAAAUGUCCAAGAUUGGAGUGAGAUAUAGGACGAAAGGAAAGAUAACAAUUGAAGAUGAUGCACCGUGGCUCGAUCCGGAAUUGGAUGACAAGACUCCCACACCUUCAGAUGAGCAGCUCACUCCACAAUUCAAGACCUUCAACAAUAGAGACGAAGAUGACUUCGAAGACGUUGAGAGUGCGGACAGCAAGGAAACACCAAAGUCAGAUGCCCCCCAAAAAGACGCCAAACCUCCUGAAGACGCCGAAGUGUUGAAGAUUGUUGAAAAUCAGUCGUCGACUCCUGAUGUGGAGGGCGACGACGAUGACUUUGUCAGAAUCUCUCCCUCGCUGCUUCAUGAGUUCAAUCUGUUCUUUUUCGCUCGCAGUGACCGGCAGAAAGAAAUCUGGUACCGGAGAUUAGUGGCCGCUUCAUCGAUAACACACUCACCACCUGCAUUGCAGCCGGUUUCUGAGCAAAGUGCUACUGAUCCUUCGAUUGCUGAGACCUCGCUGCUGGUUGACAAUGCAAAUCUUGACAGUUCUCUUCCAGUUGACCAAGACAAAGAGAAGCAGAAAGAGAAGCCGGAUAAAGAGCAGGUGAAAGGAGGAGCAAAGGAUUCGCCUCAAUUGGUACGAAAGAAUAGGGAGAAGAAGUAUUUGGAGUACAUGAACUCCUUGGCACAGGUGAAAGUUACUAAACCACCACAAAGUUGUUGGUCGAAAGAAGUGACGAAAGGCAAAGACGAGGGUCCAUCUGCUUGUGAGAAAGUGAUGUGGGUGAACGCAUUUUCAGGCAGGAUUCUCUACGACGUGUUGUCCAACGAUGUGUGGUUGGCAAAGAUUCAAGAAAAGUUCCAGAAAAAACUGGCCGCCAUUAAACUGCCCGUUUUCAUGGAGGAUCUUGUCAUAAGUGAUCUGAGUUUUGGGGAGACGAUUCCGGUUGUGCAGAACACCUCCCGGCCGGUGAUUGACGAGGAUGGCAUCUGGGUCGAUUUGGAUGUGACCUAUGAGGGCAGUUUCCGGAUGACCAUCGAUACGAAGAUUAACUUGAUGAAGUUGAAGAAGGACUUGUACCCUUCGAGUUCGUCGGGCAUUAGUACGGCUUCGUCUGUUCCGUCACUGGGUUCUGCCGGAUUGGGCUCCGAAACGGCUGCCACUUUCGAUCCAGUGUCGUCUUCGCCACAACUGCAGCAGAAGUCGGCGAUGUUCGAUAGUGACGUGGAGGACAGUGCAGAGUCAUCGAGUGAGGAGGCCGACUCGAGCAUUCGGCCUGGCUCGACCAUCAUCGACCUUGCCGCCUCGACCCCAGCAUCGCCUAGCGGAGGUGGCAGCAGCAAGAUGCUCAGGAUGGUCGACAAGAUCGCUGCAUCCAAGUAUUUCCAACAGGUGACUGACAAUAAAUUCAUAAAACGCGCAAUGGAAGGAGUAUCAAACACGAACAUCGCUCUUGUUGUCGAAGUGAAAGGUUUAUCUGGAACUCUGGUUUUGAACUUUCCUCCUCCACCAUCAGACCGACUUUGGUAUGGUUUCCGCGGCAAUCCCAAAGUAUCAAUAUCAGCCCAGCCUAAAGUAGGAGAAAGGAUGGUAACAAUGCUGCAUAUAACUAGUUGGAUUGAAAAGAGACUGGUCAAAGAGUUUCAAGUGAGUAUCAAGUGCACUAUAAGAAGUAUUUUAAAAUUUAUUUGAAAACCCUUUAAAUUU